AUGGCGAGCCUGACGGCUGGCGGCAUCAAGUCAAUGGGAGAGAUCGUCGGCGGCGACGCCUCCGCAACUGAUCAAAGCAAAAACACGUGGCUGCACGCGGCGGCGGUGCAGUCCUACAAGACGCUCGGCAAGCCCGAGCGUUUCCAAUCAGACCCUCCCGCUGCUUUCGUCCUCCGCGACAUGCCGCUCCAGCACACGGACAACGUCGUGAACGUGAAGCAUUUAGUGGAUUGGGUGACGUUGGAGGAUGGCGCCGCGGAGCAAUUGGACACAGUCGACGUGUAUGACGCCAGGUGCGGGGGCAACUACAUGGCGUUGCCAGCCCUGUUUACGCCCAACAAGGAUCCUGGCGAGAUCGCCUUCACCGUGCAGCUGUGCAUCUUGCCGGAGGACGCGAACGGCGAGCAGUGCGCGCUGAAGUACGUCAGGUUCGACAACAAGGUUCGGGCCGAUAUUGCCAUGGAUAUCUUCGUUGCAGGCAGGGCACUCACCAUCCACUGGGGGACUCUUAUGAUGGACAGGCUGGGCGGGGUGCAUGUCCGCCAUUGGGUUCAGCCGCCCGUGGCCGCCGCCGUCGGCGGUGGCGGUUACGACAUGGAGAAGCGAAGGGCGGGCUAUCGUUUCAUGGAGGGGUCCGGCCCGAGGGCAAACAACCGCAACCAGUUCGUGGAGUGGACCGACGAACAGGUCAACGACGAGAAGCAUCGGAAGUCGGAGUCGCUCCGCAACUACGCGUCGGGCCCUGUUGGCGCGAGGACACUCGAGCGCUGGGCGAUCACGCUCAAGCGCUCCCACCCGUUCGUGUUCGACAACAUCGUCGUCCCCAUUCUCAAGAGCCACGACGUGCACGGGGCCAUGUGGAUCGGCAAGACCAGGGUCGGCAAGUGCGCGGCGCCGAAAACCAUCGGCUUCGCAAUCUCCGCCUACCAGGUUGAUAAGAAUAACCGCACCGACCUCCGUCCGAGCGUCGCCACGACGAAGAAAAUCGACUCCUUGCGGCUCGAGCCUGGAACUGCGUGCAAGCCCGCUAUCGCGGACGACGCCGCCCUCACGAAGUGGGGCGGCGCCUCCUUCGAGCAGAACCAGUCCCGCCAGAUCUGCGUCAACCCCUACGACCAGGAGUUCGAGAAGAAGGUGCGUUCCAUCCGCAGAGGCCAACAAGCGAUCAAAUUCGACGGCUUCCUCAAAAUCAUAGAUCGCAACUUCGCUGGCGAGAAGCAGUGCGGCUACCAGAUGGCGGACGUGGAGGCGUACAUGGCGUGGUCCAACAUCGUGCUCCUCACUGGCGACUGGAUGUGCCUGUGGCUGGCGUCUACGACUAAGACCUUCACGCCCGAGACCACCCCUAUCCUGAAGCGGUUCAAGAAAGACCAGACCUCCGCGCCGCCCGACUACGGCGUGCACAUGAAGUGGGCCGUGGCCGCCAUGAAGAAGCUUGCUCGCGGCGAGGACAUCGGGCGCUCGAGGACGGUUCGCGGCCCCGCGCUCUUCGACCAGGACGCGCCCCCGAGGUAUGAGUUCGUUGCAAUGGACGGUGAAAGGAACGUCGGCGCCGACGCAUCCGCCGCCGCCAGCGCGGCCGCGCCCCCUGCGCCUGCCAUCCCAGGCAACCCAGAUGACGACGACGCCGACUCUGGUCCCGGCGGCGAGAUGAGAGGCGCCGCCGCAGCAGAGGACGAGGAAUACGUCUUCGGCUUCGGCGGCGGGAUGGAUGGCGACGGCGGCCCCCCCCCCCCCGCGGCCGUCGCGGCCGCGCCCCCCUCGCCUGCGGCGGCGAUCAAGAGGGAGCCAGGGGUGUUCCGCCAGCGCCUCCAGAAGUCCAUGGAUUGCGGCGUCAUUCAUUUGGACACGCCGACGCCGAAGAAGAAGCGCACGGACAUCGAGGAGGACCUCUCGCAGAUGCUAGAG